AGCAUCGUAACGCGAGCGUCGUCAUUGUCACGUUUCCUCCUUCGUAGUGUGCCUGCAAUCCUUGCGGACUUCCUACCCGACAUACGGCCGAUUAAAACGCAGCGGUGGUGGGGCCUGGAAGAUAGUCAAUGCCUCGUGGUCCGGUCGCCUUUCAGUGUCGACCGUUCUUCUCGACCGGCAUGAUUUCUUAAACUUCACGGAUCUAGCUUCUCCAUAUACUUACCAGCAGUCAUCGAGCACCGGUCUCGGGACUUUUACCAGACAUUUACCUUGGAAUACCCUUCUGGAAUAUCGUUGGGAAAUCGAACUUUUAUCAGAACAGUUCUUCGACUCUAUCUUCCACCUUUCGUCGAAUUAUUCCAUUAACGAGACCGGGAUAAGUGGUAAUUUUCAUUCAUUCCGAUUUAUUUGCUCUCGUAUCGUUGGUUUCCGGACGUGAACUUGGCGAGACUUGCUUUCGAAAGGAUCACGCGUAAUAAAGGCACAAGGUACACACAGGUGUGCGUGUUUAUGCGCAAGGAGCCCGUGACUGGUUGCGAAUUGUGUAAACACUGCGGGCGGGAUUGGAAAGCAAUCACGAAGGGCGAAACUCGAAUUGGCCACGUGCUUCGUCGCUGUGUUCCACGAGGAAGCUCUUCUUUUCAGUGGAACAGCGAUCAACCGGCGAAAAGAUGGUGGACUCCCAGAGACAUGGUGCCGGCGAGGGUGGUGCUGUACAUGCUGUCCUUCUCGGGAUUCACGGUCUCGUUCAUGAUGAGGAACGACAUCAACAUUGCCAUGGUGGCGAUGGUGAAACCGCCAUCCACGAUAUCGAAAACCAAUGACGCGGUGACGUCCCAGCACUGUUACAUAACGCAGAACGCAUCGUCCACCAACAACAGCAUACCGAUCAGACCUGAGGAUCAAGGAGAGUUUGAUUGGAGCCCAACCAUCCAAUCUGCCAUUAGCGGUUCAUUCUAUUGGUGUUAUAUAUUAUCGCAAGUAGUCGGUGGAGUACUCACGCAGUAUUUUGGCACAAAAACGGUGUUUGGUGGUUCGCAGCUGAUCACUGCACUCUGUAGUUUAUUGAUGCCCUCCGCAGCUGGAAUUCAUUAUGGCGUCAUGAUCGCGCUGCGCAGCAUACAGGGUAUCGCUAGUGGACUCACGUGGCCUGCGAUGUAUGCCAUCGUCGGACAUUGGAUACCGCCAGUGGAACGGUCGCGUUUCAUGUCUUCCUUUCAAGGGUUCAGCUUUGGCAUCGGGAUAACCUAUCCACUGUGCGGAUUCAUCAUCGCUCACUUUGGAUGGAGAGCGGUCUUCUAUACGACAGGCAGUAUUGGUAUCUUCUGGUGUCUUUUCUGGUACUUUUUCGCCUUCGAUACACCUGCCGCGCAUCCCAGAAUAUCCCAGCAGGAGUUACGUUACAUUCAGGGCAGCGUUGGGAACCAAGUUCAUGGGUCUAAUGAGAGUAUGCCAGUCCCGUGGGGUUCCAUUCUAAGGUCUUGGCCAGCAUGGUCAAUUGGAAUCACAACAUUCGGAAGAAUAUGGGUGCAUUACAUCUUCAUCAUCUCUGGACCAAUGUACAUGAAGACGGUUCUAGGAUUCAGUAUCCAAGCGAACGGAGUGCUGUCCGGUUUACCUUUCAUCUGUAGUUACUUUAGCUCUGUUGCCUUCUGUUACGUAGCUGACGUACUUGUCACACGACAGAUCAUGUCGUUGACGAACGUUAGGAAGGUGUUCACCGCCUCUUCACAAGUAGUUCCUGGUAUACUGUUAGUGUUAAUCGGCUACCUGGGCUGCAACAUCGUUCUCGUUUUAGUAGUGUGGUUCAUAGCAGUUACUCUUAUCACUGCUGCCUAUGCAGGAGCUAUGGCGAGCAUCGUUGAUAUCGCGCCAAAUUUUGCUGGUCCAAUAUUGGCAUUUGCACAGACAAUUCACAUGACCGCUAGUUUCCUAUCACCGGUCGUAGCUGGUCUCCUCACACAAAAAAGCCAAGCACUCGACGCAUGGAGGCAAGUGUUUGGGGUCACUGCAUGUGUCGCAUGCGGUACCUACGUUGUGUACCAGAUUUUCGGUACAGGUGACAUUCAACCGUGGAAUUAUCCUGACCAAAAAUAUCCGCAAUCAGUUCAAGAAGAUUCUCAACCGCUAAAUGAAUCGUCACAAAAGAAUGGGAUAAUUGUCAAGUCUCGGUCAACCACUCCUGAAGAAGCGUAACGCAAUCGUAUUCACUUGUUGAACAGCAAACAAGUACUCGUGUUAUGUUUCGUGUCUAGAACAGCUACAAAUACUUCUGCCUGGGUCUCAAAAAGGAGAAAACCUAAAAUUAUAUACAUAUAUAUAUAUACACACACACACACGUAUAUACAUACGCGGGAAAUGUCUAUUUUUUUCGUAAUAUCUCUGUAUUCGUGUAUAGAGAGAUGGUAGUUGGUCCGUGAUGAAGAAGAAAUGAUAUAGCAUUCAGGGUAAUGUACGUUGUAACUAUUCAAACAUUAUUUUUAUGAAGAUGUAUCGAGUAACGCGCAAAUGCUUCGGUUCUUGCCCAUUCUUGCGUUUGACUCCACGGAAAGUUGUAUCGAGAUAAAAGCACAAAGGCAAUGUUAAUCGACGAUAGUUUGAGUUCUCACGGUCCGAAUCGAUGAUGUGUUAGCGUAUUGUCUCUGUGAUUAAAACUUUUCUUCGUAUUCCUUUUGUGGAAUAGAUCUCGUAAAAGCAUCAAAGCAACAGUCUUCAAAGCUGGAAUAGUCCGAAUUAAUACUUUUUGUCAGUCUCGAAUGUUUCUCAUUCUAAUGUUUCAUAAUUAGGAUCAGUGGUCGCGAUUUAUAAUCUUGAGUCGAAAUUUCUAUAAACAGAAGACUGAUAGAUUUUUUCAAUGAUAUAUAUGCUUAUCUAAGCAUUUGAAAACCGUUGCUAUUUACAUUCUUAAUUGUUCAAAUACUUCCCUGUAUAGGUUAUAACUUGACGACGACUUAACUAACUGUGGGAUUUAUAAUUGUCUCCGUCUUUCAUUAUUACGAACAUUACUAGGUACUUUAAAAGGUUCUAAGUUGUGCGCUUGUAAGAUCGUUCAUCCGUAAUUAAGAGAUUAUCGUGAUAAGUAAUCUCUAUCUCUUUCUCUUUCUCUUCUUUUCUCUCUGCAACUUUGCCGGUGAUAUUUUAUUAAUUUGUUAGAUGUAAGAAAAGGUGUUUGUAAAGAUUUCAUAUAAUGUGUACUUAGAUAAUGUUCACAAAAGCGCCGCAUACGUUGAACGUCAAAUACGCUAUAGAGUAGAAAUAGAAAAAUGCAUAAAGUGGAGAAGGAAAGACAAAAAAAUUACAUGUACUACACUAAUCGAUGCCUUGCAUUAGCCGGAGUUUACUUUCAUUUUUAUUAAAUGGGUUCAAUUAGAGAAAUUACUUAAUAUCUAUUUAGUACUUACAUUCUGCGAUAAGUUAGUUUCACUGUUAACACUUGCUAGUCACGUUUUGCUGAAAAGAAUUGAACAUUUUAAGAAUGGAUAAGUGUCUAAAAAG